CUUCAUAAGUUAAACACUAAAACAAUGACGGUGGCGGUUACCUUGGUGGCGCAACCAAUUUGCGGUUUUGAAAGACCCGGUGACCGGCGGAAGAGGUUGGUGGUGGACCCCACAUCAGGGGAGCUUUACCUGGUGGUGCGGGAGUAUGUGAAAAGAGAUGAACCGGUUGUUUUUAAUGUCUAUAAGUUUGACGAGGGAAGAAGGAGGUGGGAUGAGAUUAAUUGUUUGCGAAAUGGGAGGAGAGUUUUGUGUGUUGGGGUUGAUUAUUGUUUUUUUGUGAAAACUGAAGAUUUUAAUUUUUCUGGGUGGAAGGGGAAUCGGAUUCUGUUUGUUGCAAAUUGUUUUACUCAGUAUCGUGGUCAAUCUGAUGCACCUGAUUUCAGAUUGUUUGAUGAUGAAGAGGUUGAUGUUGGAGUUCAUAGAUUGGGAGAAGGAAACAAUUUCAGACUUUCUUCGAGUUUUUCUAAAAUGUUUUGGCCUCCUCCGACUUGGUUUUUACCUGAAAGUGAACGCAAUGAUGAUGAUGAUGAAGAUGAUGAUGAAGAUGAGGAUGAUGAUGAUGAUGAUGAUGAUGAUGAAGAUGAUGAUGAUGAUGAUGAUGAUGAUGAUGAUGAUGAUGAUGAGACAAAGGCAGGCCCUUCCCGCCAGCAAGCUUCAGAUGGAGUGGUGGAUGAUUCCUCUAGUCAGGAGUUUUCCGAAUCAAGUGAACUUAACAGAACAACCAAUUUCAAGCAGGAUGAAGAAGAAGAAGAGGCGUGGACAAGUUUUUUCAAUGAACAACCACAUUCUUGUGCAGCAAAUCACUCUGAUGAAAUAAGACCUACUCCAAAUGGAAGAAGUACAGGUCCAAAUUUAUCAGAAGGGAGAGUUUUCAUUGCAAAUUCCACACCUGUAACUCCUUCAACUGUACAACAGACUCGUAAAACUGGUUCAUCAACUGUAAACUUUGAAGGGGUUGAUAUCAGGUCUGAAUUCCUCCCAACAUUAGAAACAAUUUGGGCUAAACACGGUACCCUAUUCGGUAAAAAUUCUGUCCGUAGCAAGGCAAUGCGAGCUUAUGCCUUAGAGUCAUUAGCAAAGCUCAACAUCACACUCCAAAGGGCUAAAGUAAAGGACUUGACUGAUUCGACAGUAGAUGAGAUACAAUUAAUUCUAGAUGAUCUCAACCGCGUAGGCUUAAAAGUGGACUGGUUAGCUCCCAUGGUUGAGGAGGCAAAGACACAACAUAAUGAAAAGAAGCUGAGAAUGGAGAGGAUAAAGAUGCUGAAGAAGAUCGAGAAAAGCUGAAAUUGACAUGGAGGAAAAGGAGUUCAUGGAAAGAAGCGCGAAGAAAAGGAGAGAAUUAGAGGAGAAGAUGACUCGUUUGUCUACUGGUAUUAUUUCUUCUGAGUUCUGAUAAGAUUAUUGAUCUGGAUGAUUUUCAGGCACUGUGAUUUCAGAUCAGUAUAUUUUGGUAUUAAGUUUAUUUUGCUUAGAACUGAUGUCAAUAUGGUCUAAGGUUGAUCUGAACCUCAUACUCUGCCACCUUUGAUGGCAAAUUAACAAAGCAUCAUUUUGUAUGUUAUUUGAAGCAGAUAUCAUUUUGUUUGUGUUAAAACUACAUGAUCGUGUAGUUUCAAGAAGAAUUUAAUGAUCUUUAAUU